UUAUGGACCUCUCAGGUUUGGGUUUAUAGACCUCUCAGGUUUGGGUUUAUGGACCUCUCAGGUUUGGGUUUAUAGACCUCUCAGGUUUGGGUUUAUGGACCUCUCAGGAUUGGAUUUAGGUUUAUGGACCACUCAUGUUUGGGUUUAUGUACCUCUCAGGUUUUGGUUUAUGGACCUCUCAGGAUUGUGUUUAUGGACCUCACAGGUUUGGGUUUAUGGACCUCUCAGGAUUGGGUUUAGGUUUGGGUUUAUGGACCUCUCAGGAUUGGGUUUAGGUUUGGGUUUAUGGACCUCUCAGGUUUGGGUUUAUGGACUACUCAGGUUUGGGUUUAUGGACCUCUCAGGAUUGGGUUUAGGUUUGGGUUUAUGGACCUCUCAGGUUUGGGUUUAUGGACCUCUCAGGAUUGGGUUUAGGUUUGGGUUUAUGGACCUCUCAGGAUUGGGUUUAGGUUUGGGUUUAUGGACCUCUCAGGUUUGGGUUUAUGGACUACUCAGGUUUGGGUUUAUGGACCUCUCAGGAUUGGGUUUAGGUUUGGGUUUAUGGACCUCUCAGGUUUGGGUUUAUGGACCUCUCAGGAUUGGGUUUAGGUUUGGGUUUAUGGACCUCUCAGGAUUGGGUUUAGGUUUGGGUUUAUGGACCUCUCAGGUUUGGGUUUAUGGACUACUCAGGUUUGGGUUUAUGGACCUCUCAGGAUUGGGUUUAGGUUUGGGUUUAUGGACCUCUCAGGUUUGGGUUUAUAGACCUCUUAGGUUUGGGUUUAUGGACCUCUCAGGAUUGGGUUUAGGUUUGGGUUUAUGGACCUCUCAGGUUUGGGUUUAUGGACCUCUCAGGAUUGGGUUUAGGUUUGGGUUUAUGGACCUCUCAGGAUUGGGUUUAGGUUUGGGUUUAUGGACCUCUCAGGUUUGGGUUUAUGGACUACUCAGGUUUGGGUUUAUGGACCUCUCAGGAUUGGGUUUAGGUUUGGGUUUAUGGACCUCUCAGGUUUGGGUUUAUAGACCUCUUAGGUUUGGGUUUAUGGACCUCUCAGGAUUGGGUUUAGGUUUGGGUUUAUGGACCUCUCAGGUUUGGGUUUAUGGACCUCUCAGGUUUGGGUUUAUGGACCUCUCAGGAUUGGGUUUAGGUUUGGGUUUAUGGACCUCUCAGGUUUGGGUUUAUGGACCUCUCAGGUUUGGGUUUAUAGACCUCUCAGGUUUGGGUUUAGGACCCCUCAGGUUUGGGUUUAGGACCUCUCAGGUUUGGGAUUAUGGACCUCUCAGGUUUGGGUUUAUGGACCUCUCAGGUUUGGGUUUAUGGACCUCUCAGGUUUGGGUUUAUGGACCUCUCAGGUUUGGGUUUAGGACCCCUCAGGUUUGGGUUUAUGGACCUCUCAGGUUUGGGUUUAUGGACCUCUCAGGUUUGGGUUUAGGACCUCUCAGGUUUGGGAUUAUGGACCUCUCAGGUUUGGGUUUAUGGACCUCUCAGGUUUGGGUUUAUGGACCUCUCAGGUUUGGGUUUAUGGACCUCUCAGGUUUGGGUUUAUGGACCUCUCAGGUUUGGGUUUAUGGACCUCUCAGGUUUGGGUUUAGGACCUCUCAGGUUUGGGUUUAUGGACCUCUCAGGUUUGGGUUUAUGGACCUCUCAGGUUUGGGUUUAGGACCCCUCAGGUUUGGGUUUAGGACCUCUCAGGUUUGGGUUUAUGGACCUCUCAACAUAUUUUCCCAGGUGGAGAAAAAAAAAGCAAAGACUUCCCGGGAAGCAGGUUUGUUUGUCAACACACCGUGGGUUCCCUGCCAACACUUCCCUCUUCCAGAGACCGAGAAUAAAGCUGAAGAUGAAAUGGGUUCCCAGGCUGCCGUGUAA